CUUCAUAUUCGCAACAACAAAGAAGCCAUGCCAACCCGCAUCUUCUUCUAUCGUGAUGGAGUAUCUGAAGGCCAAUUUUCCACGGUUUUGUUAUCAGAACUAAGAGCUAUUCAAAAAGCUUGUAAAUCGUUACGACCUGAUUUUGAGCCUGCCAUAACUUAUGUUGUCGUUCAAAAGCGACACCAUAUCCGAUUCAGACCGCCUGAUCCCGGGAUGAAAAAUGUCGAACCAGGCACAGUUGUCGAUAAAGGGAUUACUCAUCCUCGGGACUUUGACUUCUAUCUAUGUUCUCAUGAAGGCAUUCAGGUACAAAAAUCAUCUCAAUUUGAUGGUGUUGAAGUAUAUUUAAAAUUAUUAUUAUUUGUUGAUCGAAUCAUACACAUGUAUACAUUACAUAGUGGGUGUCAAUGA